AUGUUAGUGUUCCAGGUUUCAACACAUCAGCCAUCAGCCAGCAGCAGCCAGGAGCAGUCGUCCACAGAACCCUCCGUCACGGCAGGAUCGGAGGCACAGAGCUCGACCCAAAACCAGCAGGACGAAGGCCCCACACUUACAGAAUAUGCCGAAGAGCUAUCAGCUGCUGCUCCAAACGUCUUCGGCAAAGCGCUCAACGUCCUCGCCAUGUUCAAUGUUGCCAAUGAACAGAUCUCGAACAUGGACCCCACAAUGCGUCUGAACACAGCCUGUACCUUCACAGAGAUUCAUCCGGAGUGUUGGGCCACUGAACACCAGCGGGCGUGGAACUACCUGUUGAACUCUCGAGGAAUCGAGCUUGUUCAAUUGCGGAGAGGUACAUUCUACUUCCGCUGCAUGAACGUGGAUCCUGAUGACCUAAACAAAGCGGACGACGCCAAGUUUCUCUGCUUGUGCCUGUGGAUUUUGCGGCAGCAUCGUUGCAUCUUCCAAGUCUCCCUGUUAAUUCCUGUCCUAGCACCGAGGCACCGGUCCCUGUUCAUGCAUCUGCUUAAGCUGACGAAAUACGUGCACAAGUUGGAAAUUUACGAGGAUCCUUUUAGAUCGUCUCCGUGUGAUCUAUAUCCGCCGGCACGCGCGUCAAGUUCUGAUUUCCAGGGCGAUCCAUGGGCGUACAAGCUGGAAUGCCUAUCUAUGUUGCAAGAAUUGGGAUUAUCCACUGUGAGUCUGAACGACGAAGAUGGCGAUGCUCUGAUUCGCUGCAUCGAACAGAACAAGAAUCUGGUAGCCGUCAUUAUGAUCGACGUAGAGAUGAACAUGCAGACAUUUGUUGAACUCAUUCACAAGGUUGUGAAGCUUGAGAAACUCCAGGACUUCCGCAUAAAAAUCACCGCCAAAGAACCAAAGGGGAUGUUCGCAAAAACCCUUCACUUGGUCGGCGAGGCUCCAAUUCUGUCAAGGCUCUACGCACACGUUGACUAUGGCAUGGAAAGCUUGCUGACUGGUCUGCAGGAAAACAAAACACUCGAGGAGCUGACCCUGGAGCCGACAAUCACCAGGCCAAGUGUCCUGGCUGCGCUUUGGGCCUUUCUUGAGAAGCAUCCUUGUUGCCGAUGCCUCAAACUCUGCAUUGAUCUCUCUAGAAUGCCAGAAGAUUGCGAUGCCCUAAACAGUUUGGAAGAAAUUAUGCGUCAUUCUCCUGUGCGAGUCCUUUUGCUCUCUGGAUCUAUCAUCAAUUUCGACCAGUCAUUGAGGUUUGCCGAAGCUCUAGAGGGGAGCCGUCUCAGAGAACUUCAUCUGGACGGAUGCCAGAUUCAUUGUCAGGCCGUUCCGGCCUUCAUAAAUGCCAUCAAGAGCUUGAGGCAGCAGAAGAAUGCGUUGUUCAAGGAACUCAACUUAGGGGCCAUUGUAGGGAAUGAGCAGGAAGAAAGAGACGUGUUCAGGCUCGUGACUGACGAACGUGUCAGACCGUGGAUAACGCUUGCGCUGACUGAAAACGUUAUGGAUAUAUCUUUGCCUUGGGUGUUUCGCUCUUCAGAAGGAAAGGGUAAUUUCACGAAGCUGUCGCUGUCUUUCAGUGAAAACAUAGAUCCGGAUCCAGUGUUUCAUUCCCUGAGGUACGCGGCAUGGUCACUACAAAGCCUUUCCAUCAUCAACACUGCGGAGAUCAACACAGGAGGCGCAAUGUUAUUGGCGGUCGUGAUAGAGCGCAGCCACCUGCUCAGGGUUCUGCGUCUUCAUGGUCCCAUCUCCUCCAAAGGUUCCGAACAGAUACUCGCGUCUUUGGCCAAGUCCAGAAGCGUCGCUCUCCUCACGAUCGAGAAUUGGGACUUGAAAGACAAUGUGGCUACCACUUUUGCUGACAUGCUUCGCAGGAAUCGCAGUCUGUGUCGGCUCGAGUUCUAUUGGAACGACAUCGCUGACUACUUGCCUUUCAAGGACCACUUUGUCCGUGGUCUUUCGACUAACCUGUCCGUAGUGGUUGUGAAGAUGUACAGGGGUGAGCUUCGGGACGAGUUUCCUGAGCGAGAUUUCAAUGUCUUGCAGUACCUCCACAGAAACCAGAUGAUGCUCACAUGGGCCGUGGCCGUCGCUCUUAGGGACGGCAUGCGCCUGGAGGGUCGAAUGAUCGCAGAUUGCUUGCAGAUUAGCGAGACCUCCCUGGACUUUUAUCAGCGCACCGCCGACAUCUCGCCUCGCACGGCUGACAACCGCGUGCGCUUGGCUCGUAUGGCGACCAGGACUCACUACUACGAGCUAAAAACGGCGUUCCGGGUUGAACUCCGCUCUUGGAAGAAGCCCCAAGCUCGAAUAGCCGCCCAGAACCUGGUUUUGUCGAUGCGGUCCACCGUAAUGAAGACACUGAGAAUGGAAGAUGCGUAUUUGGAAGAUGAAAUGACUGAAUUCGGAGAGGUACCUGGUGAUGCGUGCCAAUUUCAAAGUGACUAAACUUGAGGAUAAAGUGUGUGAA